GCCAGAGAAAAAAUUGAAAAAACUGAAUUUGUAAAAGAAUUAAAUUAAAAUUAUUUAAAAACUUAUAAUUAUUGAUAAAAGUGUAAUUUAUGUUAUAAAUAGUGAUACAAAGUAAAAGUGCAUAAAAUUCUGUAGAAAUUCUGCAUUUUAAAUUAAUUUUUUUCCAAAAUUAAAUUUUUCUCUUUGACAUCGAAAAGAGUUUUGUUUUUCUGAAGGAAAAAAAUGAAUAUUGAAACGCAAUAACUUUAAAAAACUGUUUAGCGAAAUGAAUGAUUUGAAAUUCAUUGAGGAGAUAAGAGUAGAAAAUGUCAGCCGAGUCCCAUCAAAAACGUGCUCCAUCAACAGCAUCGGAGAGCACACGUUUGGUGCCAAAUAUUGUGCCACCCCAAGCCGUUAGUGAUCGUUCAAUCAUCGAUAGUGUUGCGGGUUUCAUUAAUGAUGUAGCCCUUACAAAUGCUCCACAAACAAAUCCAAAAGAUCAGAUUUUGUGGGCAAAGUUUGAGAAUUUGGCAGAUAUAAGUGAUACAAGCUUAGGAGAGGAUUGUGAUAGUGAAGGAACUUUACCACCGCCUCUUCUAUUAUGUAUCGGUUAUGUGAAUGGCAUGCAAGUAUGGGCCAUUCCAGCGAAUGGAGAAGCAAUUGAGGUCAUGUCAUGGAAACAAGGAUCUGUCAAUAUUUUGAGAAUUCUUCCGACACCAUUUUUGAGCAACAAUAGUGAAUUAGCAAAUGAUUUAUUAGACCAAUUCAUUCAUAAGCGCCCAUUGAUGGCAUUAUGUGGCGACUGUCCAAUUCUAAAUCAGACAUCGUCUUCACAAAAUCAACAAUUGCACGCUGUAAACUUUGUGUCACUUAAGGAUGGUGACAUUGUUAAAACAAUUCGUUUUAAAACGCCAGUUGUUGAUAUUGUUGCAAAUCGCACUUCCAUUGCCAUCACAUUCUAUGAAAGAAUUGCAAUUUUUGAUGCUCGCACACUUGAAGAUCGUUUAACAGUCACGACGUGCUAUCCAUGUCCAAAUGGACUUUGUCCAAUUGCCUUAGGAGAUCGUUGGCUUGCAUAUGCUGAGAGAAAAUUAAUUUCAUCAAAAACAAGUGGGGGAGGUUGUUAUGCUGAUGGAAUUCCAAGUUAUACGGCAACUGUUUUGAAUGCAGCGAAAAGUCUUGGUAAAGGUUUGAGGGAACUCAAAGAUCAAGUCGCCGCAGGAUUGACAGGAAACGUAGCAAGUUCUUCCAAUCAGGGAAGCAGUAGUUCAUCAGUUACUAAUCCAACAUGUGCAAUUGAUGGAACACAACCUGGUGUUGUAACAAUUUUAGAUAUCAAGCAUGCUAUCAAAGACAUAAGUCCAACAAGUGGCACUCCAGUUGCCAUCAAUGGAAAUGAUCCAAUUGUCGCUCAUUUCAUUGCUCAUUCUGAAGCAAUAUUCGCAAUGUCUUUUGACCCUUCUGGAAUGUUAUUAUUAACUGCUGAUCGUCGUGGACAUGAUUUCAAUGUUUUCCGAAUUUUGCCACAUACUUGUGGUUCCGUUCUUGCAGCAGUUCAUCAUCUCUAUGUGUUACAUCGUGGUGAUACUUCAGCAAAAGUCCAAGACAUUUCAUUCAGCUUCGAUUCACGUUGGGUUGCAGUCUCUACAGUACGAGGUACUACACAUGUUUUCCCAAUCACUUCAUAUGGUGGACAUUGUGGAUAUAGGACUCAUUCAGCUGCACAUGUCGUCAAUCGUCUUUCACGCUUCCAUCGCUCUGCUGGCUUACCAGUCGAUGGAAGAUCAAGUAGUCCAAUUUUAAUGUCUGAGCAUGCUGUUCAGUCGACAGCCUAUGCUAAUCCUCGCUUACCACCUUUCCCUCAUCCAACUGUCAUUCUUCCAUUGGCACAACUUCGUCAACCAUCGAGUUUAAAUUCUACGUCCACUCUCUUAUCACAAACAACAAAUGUAGCACAAUCAGGAUCGAAAGGAAUGGGACGUCAACGUCAUCAUUCGAUUGAAGAAUCGCAUGCAAAGCCAUUACGUGUUGCUGCAACUUUUGCCAAGGCUCGUUCAUGGUUGUUAGAUCCACCUGGAAUGCAUGAUACACCUUCUCGCUUACAUCGUCGUGCUGUUGAUUCAUUAUUUGUCAUUGCUGGUCACGGAGCACUUAUUCAAUAUGAUCUCGAGCCUCGUCAUGCUUCAAAUAUACCCAAAGAAAAGAUUUGCGAUGAAACACCAAUAGAGUUGGAGGUUGAGGCAAAAGCACAAUGGAUAUUGGGACAGCGAUCCAAUUCUCAACUUGAAAUUUCACCACCACUUUCUGCUGAUAAUUGGCUAAUAAAGGAUCGUGUAAUUGAUAAUAAUUUGAAUUUAGACACAAGUCAUGUAGGAGUAAUGAGUUCGGAUGAAAGAGAUGAUCGUUGGUUAUCACAAGUGGAAAUUGUUACACAUGCAGGACCGCAUAGACGCUUGUGGAUGGGACCACAAUUUGUUUUCAAAUUAUAUAACACACAAAGCGGAAAUUCAUUAGCCCAUAUUGAUAUGGAAUCCAUUGAAGUUGGUGCGCGUGCAAGAUCAACGCCUGUUAAUAUGCCAACAAUGCCAAAUUCAUCUGCAAGCACACGUCCUUUAGUUCCCGUUUUAAUUGAAUCUGGUUCGUGCAGUAGCUACGAGCAAAGUCCUCGCUUAUUGGAUUCAUUUCAUUAUGAGAGUACCGAUUCGGAAAUUAUUUCUGGACCAGAUUCUCAAUUGAGAGAAGAUUUGGCUGAUGCAAUGCGAGAUUGUCCAGCGAUUCCGCUUGCAAAUCGUGAUUCGGGAUCGUCAUCAAUGCAUGAGACACAACAACGAGAAGCAAAGAGCUUUGGCGUCGACACAAUGAUGUGUGAUGAAACAUCAAACUUACACACGGUGGUUGUAUCAAUUGUUAAUCCACAAGGAAUUAUAACAACUGUUACUGAUAAUAAUAAUCCUGCUACACAAAACACGGUGGAAGCAUUCUCAAAUGAAAAUUAUAUACUUGAAAAUUGUGAUGAGACAAUGUUUCGUCCUGUCAUUACAGUUCUUAAUAUUUCGAAUAAAAUGAGCGAGAUGGUCAAUGUUGAAGAAUGUUCAAAGCCUGUUGAAGUUCCACUCGAAUUGGUUGUUCCUGUUAUUGAUGAGCGUGUUUUGGAAGAAAAGAAACGUAAAAAGGAAGUUGAACAAAAACAAAAAGCUCAACAGCAGUUAGAAAAGCAGGAAAAAUUAAUUUUAGAAAGUCAAAAGUCUAAAAAAGUUGAAAAAGAAUCAGUCGUCGUGGAUGUUAAGAAAAAUACGAAUGAAAAUAAGAAGAAUACGGAAACAAAGAAGGAAGAUUCUAAUGGACAAACAAAGAAAAAUAAGAAAGCACAAAAAUAUAAUAAAAAAUCCCAAGAUGACGAGAAAAAAGCAACUGAAACUUCUCAUGUUGUCAAGAAUACAAUAAUUUCACAACAGGCUAAAAUUGAGGAAGUUAAGGUUGAAGAAAAAGUUGAAGAAAUAAAAGUUGAAAUUGAGAAAAACAUGGAUGUCUCAUUGACUAGAGAAGUAGAAGAUAAAAACAUAGUUUUGGAAGAAUCUUCUGAACAUGAGCCAGUAAAAAUAAGUUACGAAAUUGAAAAUGAAGGCAUUAAAGAAUUUUGUGAAGCUGUCACUGUUGAACCAAAAAUUGAAAUAGAAAUUGUAAAGAAGGAAGAAGAAAAAAUAAAUCCAAUAGAGUUGAGUGCUGAAAUAGCAUUGAAUGCUGUUCUGGAUGAGGAAUUAAAUGCUGAAAUCUCUAAUAAUGAGAAAUUGGAAGUUACCAUAGCUGAAGAAUUGUUCUUGAAACCAGUUGAAGUUAAAGCUCGAUCACCAUCUCCACAACCUGAAAAAAUAGAAGUUAAAGUUGAAGAAUUGUCUUUUAAAUUCGAAGAAAAAGUUGAAGAAAAGGCAAAAGAAGAACUUCUAGUGAAAAAGUCAGAAAAUCCUGAUAAGGAUGCUUGGAAAAGAAAUAAAAAAGGAAAGAAGAAAAAUCAGCUUGCUACAAAAGUUGAAGCUCAAAAAACAAUUGAAUUCCCUCCUCUUGCUUCAAAUUUUCCAUCUUUUAAGUCAACAUUCGCUGAAAAUACUAAAACUAUAGCGAAUAUCAAAACACAACUUACUUUUGAAGCUAUUGAAGAACCAUCUGUCAAUUUUCCACCUUUAGAUACAAUUAAAUUGCCAUCUCCUGAAGUAACUGUCAUCCAAUCUACAGUGCUUACCAAACUACCAACACCAGAUUUCCCAGAUUUACCACCAUUAGAAGAAUAUAAUAAGGAAAUCGAUCAAGAUGCUGUUAUGAAAAUCAGCAUGCAUGAAAUAAUUGGCGAUGAAGAAAUCCAAAUCAUACCACAUGAGGAUACAGUUGAGAUUCACGAUAGUCCACAAAAGUUGUCAUCUGACAUAGAAAUUAUUGAAGAACACUUUGUCCUACCAAUUGAGUCGGAAAAGGUUGAAAUCAAGGAGAAAUUUAUUAAAAAUGACGAUUUUUAUGAUGACAUUGAUGAUGAAUUGCCACCAUUGGAACCUUUGGAGCCGUUCGAUGCUACAUAUGAUGGAUUUAUUGUUAAGGAAGAGGAAGAAAAGGCAUGUUAUGUUGAAGAUAAUGUUGAGUUCAAGGAGAAACAAGAGAUGAAGAAGAAAAUGAGUGAACUACUUAAAGAUACAAACAUGGUGUUUGCAAUGUGUUCAAGCUUAAAGGAAUUAAAGGUUGAUGAAGAAUCAAAGAGCAUAAGCUCAUCGUCUCAAAUUCAACGUUCAACAUCUUCUUCUUUGACAACAAACACGACAACUUCGACUUUUGCAAGUGCAAAUAGUAAUCAAUACUGUGAAGGACAUGACUCGGACUACAAGAGUUUAGAUUUAGAAAUGGAAGAAGCAAUUGUAUCUGCCCAAGAGCAAGAUGAUCCAGAUCCUGUUUUUAAGAUUCCACCAAUCUUAAAGACACCAUCAUUUGAAAAGGAAGAUCCAGAAGAUAUUUCAAGUUUUGAGGCAACAUCAUCCGAAACUGAUGCUGAAGAUUCGUCGAAAAAAUCAAAUAUUCAAACAAAGUUCAAACGAGAAGAUGACGAGGAACUUAGACCAUUGCUGGAAACGUCAACAACGUCAUUAACUCCAGUUUCAUCUGGAGGAAUGACGAUAAUAACAAAUAUUACAACAACCGACGCUAAUGAUACACCAACACUGCCAGAUAUAAACCAAAAACUACAAGCAACCAGCAAUAAUAAUAGUAAUAAUGGCAAGCGUAAGAAUAAGAAAAAGCGCAGAUAAAUUGCCACAGCUGUAAUAGCUACAGUUAAAAGAAUUUUAUGUUUUCGAAAAAUUAUUCUUCUUUCCUUUAAGCCAUCGUUUUAAAUUGUAUUUACUUAGAUCGUAAUUACUUAUCAUUUAUCUUUCCUUCAUUAUUAUAAUUCUACUAUUGACACCGAUCUACUUAUGUUCUAUCAUCUUAAUUAUAUUGUGUUAAUAACAAAACAAAAAAUAUUGACUCCUAUACCUUUCGCGAAAAUAAAACUCAUUUAGACCGAAUUUCCAAAAAAAAAAUCAUAAUUAAUACUGAAAAAGAAGAAUCUAUAUAAAAUAUAAUCAUAUAUAUAUAUUUUUGUUGAUUAUUUGCCUAUGUUAUUUUUAGAUCUCAAUGAAAAAAAUAAUGAAAAACUUUUCAUAUUCCUUUUUCCUGUUUAAUAGACAGAAAAUUAUUAUACGCAUAUAGAUAACAAAAUUAACAUUUCAUGUUCAUUCAGAAAAAAAAACACAAAAUCUCAUGUACGAAGUAAUCCAUUCUAUGUCAAUCCCUUUCGUGAAAGUAAAGACCAUUCCUCGAGUGACGCAAAAAUUUGUUAAACCUUUCUCAUUCUUCGUCGCUCGAGUUUAUAGAAAAAUUUUAACAUCAUCUUCAAGGUGUUUGAUAUUUUGGAUAAAUUAAUUUGGGAUUUUUAUUUUUUGAGAUUCUGAGGUUAUUGAAUAAAUUCAAACGACUUUAAUGACAAGCUUUAGAAUUAUCCUACAAUUUUAAUCCACAAUUUAUAAUUUAUAGAUUGACUUUUCUGGAUUUGAAAUUGAGAUUUUUCCUAAAAGCUAGAUCUUGAUCAGACAAAGUUCUCAAAAUGCAGAAUUUGUCCAAUAAAUCUAUACUGCUAUAUCCAUCCACUAAAGACGUUUUUUUAAACAUCAAAGUCAAAUUAAAUCUCAAACUUAAUUAAAUUUCAUCACACCUUGAUCAUUACUAAUAGAUGAAAAGAUAAUUAAUAUUUUUUUCUUCUAAAAACCUAGUUGACGAUAUGACGUCACUAAAUUGUAAAUGUAAUUAGAAAACGUUGAUUAAUUAGAACGAGAAAAAGAUAAAAGAUAAUAUCAUUUUAACUGACACAAAGGUUAAUUAAUAUAGGGAAUGAAAAGGAAAAUGAAAUGAAAAAAAAAAAUCAUAAAAAUGCUUAAAAACUGUGAUAAAAAAAAAUAAAUUUUGAACAUGAUGAAAUGUUAGAAAAAGGAAUCCAAAAAAAUUAAAUUUAUGAUUUUUAAUGUCGGAAUUUUUCGAUUUACAAAUUGACUUUACUAAUACAAAUUUCUGAAGUUUUUAUUUUGAUUUUUGAAAAAUUGGUAGUAAAAGGUGGACAUACGAUAAUUAUGACAUAUGUUUUUGUGUGUAAUGUAAGAUUUCCGAAUAAUUAAAGGUUGAAAGUAACAAAUCAUGUAAAGUGCAUCUGGUGUAUGCGGUUAUUAAUGAAAGUGGAAAGGAUUUUAAUUGCAAUUCUGUGUAGCGAGCUAAACUAUAGACUUUAAAAUUUAUCAUUAUGUCAUAAUAGUUGCUUAUCAUAUACUUAUGCAUAACACAAUGCUUCUCUCUUUCAUUUUAUCUCUUUUAUUUUUCUUUAAAUAAGUUAUUUCUUCUUUACAUUAAUAUUAAUUUUUUGCUAUUUUUGAGGAAAAUUUUUGAAUGAAUUGAGAAAAUUUAAAAAUUGAAAUCGGAUAUUGAUCACAUUUGUCCAAAAGUAUUAAAUUGGGAUUGCGAUCUGCCAUCAUUAGGUAGCUUAGGUUAUAUUAUCUCUAUCAAAUUUUCUAAUUUCAAUGACUUUAUUGACUAAAUACCAUGACUUUUAUUCAAGACAAGCUAACAGUCUUCUAGAAAAUUUGCAAUUAAACAUUCAAUGCAAUCCCUACACACCUUAAUAUCUACUUAAGAUUCUAAGACUGCCUCACAAGGUUGACACUCCAACAAAAUUUUCAUCCGCAGCUAAAUUUCUCUUCACUCAAAAUGUCCUCAAAGAAGCGUAUUUUAUCACAACUUCGCGAAUGAAUGACGAUGAUUAGCUUAGUAAUCACAAUUAGUUAAUUUAUUUAUGUUUUUGUCAGUCAGUAUAACGAUUUGUACCUGUUGCUAUAUUAUAUACAUUACAUACACUCACAUCAAUACUAAACGUUAAAUUAUUUUAUCAAAUCACAUUAUGUUUUACUUAAUGAAACUAAAUGAAUAAUAACAUGAUGAGAAUAUAAGAAAGCUAAGAUAACAAUUGGCUCCAAACAAAUUUAAAGUAUGUCAAAUUCUGUUGAAAUCAAUAAGACAUGAAAAUUGAGAGAAUAAAAAUUGUAUGAAUUAUGUGAGCGUUUUUUGAAAAUUGUACUGCUGCUAUUAUAAAGAUUAUAAAUUUUACUAAUAUUAAUAAUAUAAUUGAACCUAAUAAUUGCUCUAUUAAUUUCAAUUUUAAAGUAAUUCAGACAUUAUAUUAAAAAAAAUGUGAUUGAAAAAAAAUGAACAAAAAAACCAAUAAUUAGAUAAAAAAAAUGCAGAAAAAAAUUAAAUAAUUUGUGCAAAAAACUCAAUAAAAAGACUUGAAAAAAAGCUAGAAGGAAC